AUGUCGGGUAUGCUAUCCCGACAGAGCUUUUUGCUCCAUUCGUCUCUUCUGCCGUGGAAACUGUUCGAGAGCAGACCUCAGAUGAUGUUGCCGAAAGUGCAUUUCGCUGCACAUCAAAGCCGCUUUGCCAAGGACAUUAGUUUCCAAGAUUUUGGUCCGCACAAUUUUGGAAGGGAGCACAAUUGCAACUUGGACCGAGUUGAGUUGGAAGAAUGGGAAGCCAAACGACUGAUUACAAUUCCAGCUGAAGAAAGACAUACAAGACCCGACGAGCACACUGAACUUGAUUUCCAAGCUUGGAGUAUCAGAGUCCAAAUUGCUUUCUUACGCGGAGUCAGUUGCGAAGGCUCUCAGACUGGUUGCAUUGGUCUCUUUGAUGCCUCAAAGCCUCAAAACUUCAGUGCUACCAAGGUCAUGAAAGCCAUCAACACCAAUUCAGCUCGUGCACUGAGAAAGGCGAUAGCGAUUGCACCAAGAAACAAGAGGGCAACUGAAUUGCUCAACAUCACCGUUGGCACUCAGUCAAUCUCUCCGUUUUAUUGGGCUAUCGACAGCGGAAGAGAUAAAUACUAUUAUGGUGUGGAUGAGCUCUUCACACGACAUCCAGAAGUGAUCCAACGCCUGUGCAAUUCGGCACCCAACCUGCUUUGGACGCUGCUAGAUGGUUUGGUUUGGCGCUCGAGGCAGGCAUUCAACGGCAAGCGCCGUGUGAAUUUCUAUGACAUAGCAGAUGACAAUUUCAGCAGGGCCCUGGAGUGGCUGGUGGAGCGCAACGAUCCAAAGAUUAUUUGCCAUUCUGCAGUUGUCCUAUUCGCAGACCUCCUCUGGACGAGGAUGGCACAGUAUGACUUCUUGCUGGGCAGAUGCUACUUCCUGUUUUGCCUGUGCGUCCUUGGUUUGCAUGAACGGAUUUGCCCAAUCAACAGCGAUUUGUUCGCUCUCCAAAUUCGCUCGAAUGAACUAGAACAGUCCGGGUUGACCACACACACAGAUAUAUAUAUAUAUAUAUGA